UCCGUCGAAACCCCCGCACCGCCCCCCACCUCCACCUCCACCGCCGCGCCGCCUCCGCUGCCCUUCUCCGGCCCGACGCACCUCGAGCCUCCUUCCGCCGUGCCCCUCCACUUCGAACGGCUUCUCCCCUCGCACUCGUCGCCCGCCUCCACCGCUCCGCUGGUGCUGGAAGCGCAAUCCACCCGGACCCGGCCCGAUUUCUUCUGCCGUUGGUAAGAGUUUGCAAUAAGGAGGCAGCAUGGUGGAGGCCCGGCUUGGCUUCUAUCACCACCCGCCCCAGCUGUUGGACGGUCUCGAAGCGCGUGCGCGGGAGCUCGGGAUCGACCUCUCCUCCAUCGAUCUCGACGCCAUCACCCUGCCCGCCGGCGAGGACCUCGAUACCCCCAGUGAUGAUGACGAGAUACUUCAGAAUGAGGACCCUCCAGAGGUCGAAAUGGGCUUUGCCAACACUAUUGUGGUGGACAACCUGCCAGUUGUUCCUCCGGAAAAGUUUGAGAAACUUGGGAACAUAAUACGCAAGAUCUUCAGCCACGCUAGUGCAAUCAAAGAAGGUGGCUUUUGGAUGCCAGUAAACGCAGAUACAAAUGUGACCUAUGGCUACUGUUUCAUUGAGUACAAUACCCCACAGGAAGCUCAACUUGCUAGGGAAAUGGGCAAUGGAUACAAACUCGACAAGUCUCACAUAUUAGUAGUUAACAUAUUUGAUGACUUCGAGAGGUAUAUGAAAGUUCCUGAUGAAUGGACGGCUGCUGAAACUAAGCCAUACACUCCUGGUGAAAAUCUGCAUAAGUGGCUAACUGAUGAGAAUGCCCGAGAUCAGUUUGUCAUGCGUGCUGGUACAUAUACGGAAGUUUACUGGAAUGAUGCAAGGCAGUUGUCGUCUGAGCUAAUUUAUCAACACCAGUUCUGGACGGAUUGUUUCAUUCAAUGGUCCCCUCUCGGAACGUACUUGGCGACAGUGCAUAGGCAGGGAUCGCAGGUGUGGGGUGGUGAAGAUAAGUUUGUGCGUUUAAUGCGCUUUGCUCAUCCACAGGUUGAACUUAUUGACUUUUCUCCUGGUGAAAGGUUUUUGGUAACAUACAGCAGCCAUAAACCCAGCAAUCCUAGAGACACACAUAAGGUUGUCUUAAAUAUUUUUGAUGUAAGAACUGGGAAAUUAAUGCGGGAUUUCAAGGGAAGUGCUGAUGAAUUUACCACUGCUGAGAACAUUGGUUUUUCUGGUGUUCCAUGGCCUUGCUUCAGGUGGGGUGGUGGUAAGGAUGAUAAGUAUUUUGCGAGGCUUGGGAAGAAUACCAUAUCUAUUUAUGAAACCCAUACAUUCUCCCUUAUUGACAAGAAAUCUUUGAAGAUAGAAAAUGUAGUUGACUUCUGCUGGUCACCCACUGAUCCUAUGGUAGCCUUGUUUGUGCCUGAAAUGGGUGGCGGGAAUCACCCUGCAAGGGUGAGUCUCAUGCAAAUUCCUGGAAAAGAGGAGCUGCGGCAGAAAAAUCUUUUCAGUGUCAGUGAUUGCAAAAUGUAUUGGCAGAGCAAUGGGGAAUAUCUUGCUGUCCAGGUUGAUAGGUAUACAAAAACAAAGAAGAGCACUUACACAGGGUUUGAGCUUUUUAGAAUUAAAGAAAGGGACAUCCCAAUUGAGGUCCUUGAACUGGACAACAAAAAUGACAAGAUCAUUGCCUUUGCAUGGGAGCCCAAAGGCCAUCGUUUUGCUGUCAUUCAUGGUGAUGAUCCUAAUCCUGACAUUAGCUUUUACUGCAUGCAAGCAGCUAACACUAGCCGUGUGUCAAAGCUUACUACUCUCAAGUCCAAGGAAGCUAAUGCAUUGUACUGGUGUCCUACUGGGCAUUUCAUUCUCAUUGCUGGGCUGAAGGGCUUUACUGGCAAGCUGGAGUUCUACAAUGUUGAUGAACUUGAGACAAUGGCAACAGGAGAACAUUUUAUGGCUACUGACAUCAAGUGGGAUCCUACUGGAAGAUAUGUUGCAACUGUGGUUACAGCCGUCCAUGAAAUGGAGAAUGGUUUUCAAAUAUGGUCGUUUAGUGGCAAGUUUCUUUACAAGCUGUCAAAGGAUCAUUUAUAUCAGUUCUCUUGGCGGCCCAGACCACCAGCACUACUGGCUCCUGAGAAGGAAGAGGAGAUCAUGAGGAACCUGAAGAAGUACAGCAAGAAGUAUGAACAAGAGGAUCGGGAUGCAUCUAACCAGAUGACUGAGCAGGAGCGCGUGAAGCGGACGCAGCUUGAGGAAGAGUGGGCCGCAUGGGUUGCCAAGUGGAAGCAGCUGCACGAGGAAGACCAUUCACAUAGGAUGGAGCUCAGAGAUGGGGAUGCCAGCGACGACGAGGAAGAGUACGAAGCCAAGGAGGUUGAGGUCGAGGAGGUGGUGGGCAUCAUAGAAGAAGUUGUUGCAUUCGAGCUGGAUCACUGAGUGAAAUGCAUGCGAAAGUACUGCUAUUCUGCUGAGUCCUGUUAGUUCACUGUAUUGUGAAGUUAACCGUCGUCACUUUCGAUAAUAGCCGUUGCUAUUGAAGCUUACAAUCUAUUGUCUUGCUAUAGUUGAUCGUACACAUGCUACUUAAAUUUACUCGAUGAUGGAAUCUUGCGUCGUCUAGAACACUCA